AUGAAGCAAGGGAGCCGAAGUGAAGGUGCUCGCGGGGAUAUCCGCGGCUACAUCCAAAAGACGGGGGAAAGGAACCUCUACCGAAUAAAAAAGGGGUUGGUCCCAAAUAUGAACGUAGAGGGGCACAUGUACGUGAACGAUAAGUUGAAGCAUCUCAUAGAUGAUGAAAUAGAGAUGUAUCAACUGAACAGGAACUCUACUUUCCUCCCCGCCGUUGUUCAAAUAGCAAAUGUGUCUACCCUACCAGGUAUCGUAAAGGCAUCCAUAGCCUUACCAGAUGUACAUGCAGGUUAUGGGUUUUCCAUAGGAAACGUUGCAGCCUUUGACAUGAGCAAUGAAAAGGCAAUUAUUUCUCCAGGGGGAGUAGGAUUCGAUAUAAACUGUGGGGUGAGGUUAAUUAGAACAAAUUUAUUUUACGAAGACAUAAAGGAUAAACAAGAUGAAUUGGCUCAGCUCCUUUUCAACAACAUUCCAGUAGGAGUAGGAUCACAGGGAUGUAUAUUAUGCAAUCAAGACAAACUAGAUGAAGCUCUGUGCCUUGGAAUGGAUUGGUGUGUGAAGGAAGGAUACGCAUGGGUAGAGGAUAAGUUGAACUGUGAAGAUAAUGGAAGGAGUUUCUAUGCUGAUAGUAACUACGUAUCUGUGAGAGCUAAAAAACGAGGGAUAACACAGAUGGGGACUUUGGGGGCUGGAAAUCACUACGCUGAAAUUCAAAUUGUUGAUGAAAUAUACGACAAGAGGAGUGCCAAACUGAUGGGAAUAGAAAAAAAAAACCAAGUGUGUAUAAUGAUUCAUUCAGGGAGUAGAGGCUUGGGUCAUCAAAUAGCUACGGAUGCGUUAAUAGAGAUGGAGAAAAGCAUGACCAAAUAUAAAAUAGAUGUUAUUGAUAAACAGCUAGCUUGUACUCCUAUCCAUUCUAAGGAAGGACAAAAUUAUCUUAAAGCCAUGGGUUCUGCUUGUAAUUUCGCCUGGAUUAAUAGAUCCUCCAUGACAUUUUUAGCAAGACAAACCUUUGCAAAAAUAUUUAACCAAUCACCAGACGACUUAGACAUGCAUGUCAUAUAUGAUAUCUCACAUAACAUUGCCAAAAUGGAGGAUCAUCUGGUGGAUGGGAAGAUGAAAAAAUUGUUAGUUCACAGGAAAGGGUCCACCAGGGCUUUCCCGCCAUUCCACCCUGCAGUUCCUUUAGAUUACCAAUACUGUGGACAACCCAUUCUCAUCGGAGGAACCAUGGGUACCUACUCCUAUGUCCUGACUGGUACGGACAAAGCUAUGGAGACAACUUUCGGCUCUACUUGCCAUGGGGCUGGGCGAGCACUAAGUAGAAAUAAAAGCAGAAACACACUAAACUACAUGGACGUUCUGCAAAAAAUGAAAGAGGAAAAUAUUUCCAUUCGAGUCGCUUCGCCAAAGUUAAUUAUGGAGGAAGCCCCAGAGUCGUAUAAGAACGUUUCCGAAGUGGUCAAUACGUGUCAUGAAGCGGGCAUAUCCAACAAAUGUUUUCGCCUGAAGCCGGUUGCCGUCAUAAAGGGUUGA